UGACCCGGCGAUUGUGUACCCUGCCUCCUCCUCUUCUUAGUAAAGCAUAUACAACUAGGCAGCUAGCUAAGUGCGUACUACAAUGGCCCCUGCCGUGAUGGCUUCCUCGGCCACUACAGUGGCGCCCUUCCAGGGCCUCAAGUCCACCGCUGGCCUCCCCGUCAGCCGCCGCAGCGCCGCCAGCGUCGGCAGCGUCAGCAACGGUGGAAGGAUCAGGUGCAUGCAGGUGUGGCCGAUUGAGGGCAUCAAGAAAUUCGAGACCCUAUCUUACCUGCCACCGCUCUCGGCCGAGGCCCUCCUGAAGCAGAUCGACUUUUUGAUCCGCUCCAAAUGGGUUCCCUGCUUGGAGUUCAGCAAGGUUGGCUUCAUCUUCCGUGAGUUCGGCAGCACUCCCGGAUACUACGACGGCAGGUACUGGACAAUGUGGAAGCUGCCCAUGUUCGGCUGCACUGACGCCACCCAGGUCCUCAAGGAGGUGGAUGAGGUCAAGAAGGAGUACCCUGACGCCUAUGUCCGCAUCAUCGGUUUUGACAACAUCCGUCAGGUGCAGUGCGUCAGCUUCAUCGCCUUCAAGCCACCAGGCUGCGAGGAGUCCGGCAAGGCAUAAGAUGUGACCCAGGAAUAACAGAUGCUAGAUGAAGUGUCUGUUAAAAUUUGUCGACAAUUCCGCUUUUAUCGUUUUACUUCUGGUUCCAUAUAACUGUGUAGGGACCAACUGUGUAUGUACACAUAUGUCUAUGUACGUACCUCGCAGCCUUGAGUAAGCCUGUUCCAUGUUA